ACCGAAAAUAAUUUUCCUCGAAGGCAUUUUGACAGUAAUCUCCGGAUCCAAAGAGAACUUCCCCAAAUCUGAAGCAACCCAAUCAACAGAGUAUUUAAUCCCCGGGAGAUCUACUUCAAAUUCAGUCUCCUUCUCUUACACAGUCUCAACCCAUUCUUCGAAAUUCCAUCAAAAUUCUUAAAGAAGCAAACUAGAUAAAUUCCAAUGGCUGUGAGGAAACCUGGUUUGAUUGCUUUGUUUGAUGUUGAUGGCACUCUUACAGCUCCAAGAAAGGUGGCUACUCCCAAAUUGUUGGAGUUCAUGAAGGAGCUGAGGAAGGUUGUUACUGUUGGAGUAGUGGGUGGAUCUGACCUUAGUAAGAUAUCUGAGCAGCUUGGGAAAUCAGUUAUUAAUGACUAUGAUUAUGUAUUUUCUGAAAAUGGGCUUGUUGCUCAUAAAGAUGGAAAACUCAUUGGCACCCAGAGCUUGAAGUCAUUUCUUGGAGACGAAAAGCUGAAGGAAUUUAUAAACUUUACACUGCAUUACAUUGCUGACUUGGAUAUCCCAAUAAAAAGAGGAACAUUCAUAGAAUUCCGAAGUGGGAUGCUCAAUGUAUCUCCAAUCGGGCGAAACUGCAGCCAAGAAGAAAGAGAUGAAUUCGAAAAGUAUGACAAGGUUCACAACAUACGCCCAAAAAUGGUUUCUGUGCUUCGAGAAAAGUUUGCUCACCUUAACCUGACAUUUUCAAUUGGAGGACAAAUAAGCUUUGAUGUUUUCCCCCAGGGUUGGGACAAAACUUACUGCUUGAGAUACCUUGAAGAAUUUCAAGAAAUUCACUUCUUUGGUGACAAAACUUACAAGGGAGGAAAUGAUCAUGAAAUUUUUGAGUCAGAGAGAACAGUGGGUCACACAGUUACUAGUCCUGAAGAUACAGUGGAGCAGUGCACAGCUCUCUUCCUGUGCAACCCCUGAACUUCAAAUUUUUAUUCUGUAUAUUGUUAAGUGAUAUACGAUUUGUAUCACGUAUUUUACACGAAGAAUAAGCGUAAGCAGAUCUCUAGAUCAAUUAUGUAGCGUUAUGAGUUAUCGUCAAAGUGAUGGAAAUUUGUUAAUGGAGAACUUGCGAGAAUUAUUGUAUCACAAUUCUCUUGCCAUAACCUGAGUGAAAGCAAAUUUACUUUGGCGUUCAAUA